AUGGCCGGAAAUAGCAUGGAAAGCUUGACGAGUGGCGUUGAGGCUAUCUCUACACAGCCCAAUGCUACAAUACCACGAUACAUGAUUAUCCACCGGGUGGAAUGUCCUGGAUCAACCCCAGAUCAUUCUAAUCAUCCUCACAUUUCUCUUUAUCGAGACGUUCCACGUCUGUUUGCUGGCGACAACAACGCUAGCCGCCUCAGGGGUCAAAUGCCAGAUGAAGAAGCCCAGCUACGUGCCAAAAAGGAUGCUGAUAUUUCUUUCAUCAUACACCGCACCUACAACUGCCUUGAAUACCACACCGCAUUAUUUGAUGCCUUACGAGAGACAUCGGUGGACUCUUUGCCACCUGAUCGGACUUUCCGAACUUAUCUCUUACCAAUCGAUGCUUUUGAUGCUGUAGCGGAAAGAGAGUAUAUGGAGAUCGUAUCGACCAAUUUGAACAACGGGAUAGAAGCAGUAAAGGAGGCAGAUACUAGACACGAUUCCUUGGACAAGUCAUCGUUACUGGGCUGGAAUCGAGAACACAACAUGGUGGCACCAUACUUUCAUCGCUGUCACACUCGCAGCCUACUUCGGGACCAUGUUCCCCAACUACCAGAAUUUCAAAGUCAGCACAUCGACCUCCUUCUUGAAUACCUGGAUGAAAACUUUGGCCACGAAUAUCAAGAAGCCGAGAAGCUUUUUAAUGAUGGGCUUGAAAAUGGUCGGUAUAUGGUCGAUAUCGACACUUAUCGUCGUUUCCACAAGCCAAAUAUCCUUGCGAACACGGCCAUUGAGCACGUUGGAGCGUGCCUUCCAUUAAAGGCCACCGAGUCAAACUCACCUCCUGCUGGAACCUUUGCCCUUCUACUGCCACCGAUAACUUACGGUUUCGGUUUCCACGACAAGAAGUGGCGAAAACUUUCAAUAGAUUACGCGGCUGAUGUAGCCUGGGACGAGGAUGUGUUUAAUAUACCGAUCCUUUGGCAAGAAGUCAAUGACAACCUAAGUUCGCUUCAACUCGAGAAAAAGACAUCCAAAGAUGUCGAAGCCGGUCAGGGCCAGGGCAGGGUGAUACAGCUUCAUAGUGGGCCAAAAAUUAGCCGCACGGUCGCAGCUGCGGCCCUCGCCGAAUCAGCCAAGAAGCCCUUAUAUCAAUUAGCACCUCAUGAAAUAGGUGUAGAGCCUGAACAAGUGGAGAAUAAUAUCGAAGAAGCGUUCUAUCGCGGUGGUUUGUGGGAUGCAGCUAAUGACUUCAACCCCGCAAGAGAGAGCUACUUUUUAUCCCUCAUCACCUGGAUCCCCUCCACUGAGCGAGAGAUUUGUACACCCCUUGGUAACAGAAUGAGACUCAUCAAUACCCACACGCGAGCUUUCGAGGAGUUCUAUGGAAGGAAAGUUCCAAAGUACGCAAUUCUUUCACAUACUUGGGGGCAGGACGAGGUCACGUUUCAAGAUUGGAUAGAUUCAGCGUCGGUGCUCCAGAAAUCGGGAUUCACCAAGGUCAUCGAGGCCUGUGAACAAGCCAGAAAUGAUGACUACUCUUAUAUAUGGAUCGACACCAAUUGCAUCGAUAAAUCCAGCUCGGCUGAGCUCACAGAAGCUAUCAACUCGAUGUUCGCCUGGUACAGCAAAGCCGAUGUUUGUUACGCCUAUCUUUCAAAUGUUCCGACUUUCAAACCGUUGUCUUAUUCGGAAGAGUUCCGGCAAAGUCGCUGGUUCAAGAGGGGAUGGACACUGCAGGAGCUCCUUGCCCCUGGGUACGUUGUCUUUUACGCAGCUGACUGGUCAUGUAUUGGGACAAGGUCUACUCUUAUGCACGACAUUGCCGAGGCUACAGGCAUAGGUAUAAGGUAUCUCUGCGCCGACCAAAAGCCAGUGACCACCACUCGAGAAGACUGGUCAGAAGUUCGAACCCAGGUGUGUCAUGAAGCAUCGGUAGCUGAAAGGAUGUCCUGGCUAUCCCGUCGCGAGACAACAAGGAUUGAGGACAUGGCAUACUGUAUGUUGGGUAUAUUUGGUAUCCACAUGCCCCUCAUGUACGGUGAAGGGUCCAGAGCCUUCUUGCGGCUUCAAGAGGAGAUUCUAAAAACCUCAGACGAUCACUCACUAUUUUGCUGGUCAUGGGCUACCAGUGAGAGCCAAGGCAGCCUUCUUGCCUCUCGACCACAUAGCUUCCUAGACGCCUCGUCCUAUAAACGUCAUAGGAUCGGUAGAGAGCCAUCUCCGUACGCGGUUGCUAAUUCAGGUCUCUCCAUUCGGCUUCCUGUAAUACAAUGCUGGUCCCCGGACAUUUACAUUGCUGUUCUCAAUGUCGAGCUGGCCGGGACGGACAGAAAUGUUGGCAUAGCCCUAAGAAGACUAAUUCGUGCUGGAAGACAAUCCCGUACUGAGAUCUAUACUCGAACUUCAUAUCUGGACGUUCCUAUUCCGCUAGCCGUAGCGCACCAUCAGGGUAGGCCACCUACAGACAUGUACAUUCCAGUACAGCGUGCCGAUACAGAGAGCACGAGGGCAAGAGCGAUUACUAGCCAAAGUCAAUGUACGGCAGGUGCAUUGCUAUCUUUUGGUCUGGCAGGCUGCGACUCCGCAAGAAGCAAGUUUGGUGAAAUACGAACGUUUCCGCCUGAUCGGUUCUCCCAUGCUGACAGCAUACUUGUGAUAUGCCCUACCAGUCACGACCAGGUACCCGGUCCCAACUGGCUACAAAGGAUGAGUCAAAAGAACUCAGGUUUCCUCGGAGCCACCAUUGCUGAGUUUACCACGACGCGAGGGCCAGAAAUGAUUGUUUUCGUUGUCACCACUACAAAUCAGGGUUCUUAUCUUAUACCUAGAUGGCACUACUGCGAGCUCGCAUGCUUUCUAUCAGAGCCAGAGAUAAAUGAUCUUGGCAUGGGGAAAUCUCUUCCUCAGGAGGCCUUUCAAACUUUUGAGAGGAUACUAAGCGAUCCUGACUAUGCUGAGAGGAGGAAUAACGACUCACCAGAAGGUCUGCUGUAUGUUCAACAAGCGGAACAUGGGUUCACAACCACUGAUUCAUCCAUGUUGAUACAUUUCGACCUCGGUCUGAAUUCAAACGCAGUAAUCAGAUAA